CUGCUUCUUUGACCUUGACGUCUUCUAUUCUCUCUUAAGAUACUUAAAUCCCCUCGAUCAUUAAAUCUUGUUACCGACACUCUACAAUCAAUAAUCACGUUCACCACCGGCUCCAAUCCUUUUUCAAUCUCCUGCAAAAUCCGAAGUCCCAAUCAUGGCAUCUAAGCUAGUUCCGUCUGAUCCCGCCAAGGUAAUGGUCAUUCGAGAUGUCGUGCCCAAGACCAUUGUCACUUUCUCGACUCCAUUCUGGCGAUUUGGAAAAUUGAAGAUUGGUGGACGAGGCACUGUUGUCCGCCUUCAAUCCGGCUCUCUUGCUGUUUUCUCUCCCGUCGCAUUGACCGACGACGUCAAGCAAAGAGUCUCCGAGCUUGGAGAAGUCAAAUAUAUCGCCGCACUCGACAUUGAGCACCACAUUUUCCUUGGACCAUGGCACACAGCAUAUCCUACGGCCCAAAUCAUCGGACCUGAAGGCCUUCCAGAAAAGCGAAAGAACCAGGGCGAUCAAGACGUGCCCUUCGCGCACGUCUUCACCGCAGACAAGCCCCUCCCCUCCAUCUCUCCAGAGUUCGAUGCAGAGUUCGAGUACGCCUACGUGCCCGAACACUCGAACAAGGAAAUCGUCUUCAACCACAAGCCCACCAAGACUCUUAUCGAGGCCGAUCUCCUCUUCAACUACCCUUCCACUGAGCAGUUCUCCAAGACCGGCGCUAGCCCCACGAGCGGUAUUUUGACGAAGCUGUUCGGCGCUUUUACCAAUACGCAGGGAUUGGGUCAGAGCCGCCUGCUCUGGUACUCGCAGGGGGCUGAGAAGCGUCCCAGGUUUGCGCAGAGAAUGGCCGCGAUCGAUAAAUGGGACUUUGAGAGGCUCAUCCCGUGCCACGGAGAUGUUAUUGAGGGAAAUGCGAAGAGCGUUUUCCGACAUGUCAUGGGCUGGCACUUGGAAUUGGCCAAGAAGUCAACUUAGGAGAUGGACCGGCGGAAGGUGGAGUUGAUUUCUACGAGGCGUUGAGGAUGGGAAAAUUUGGGUGAGUGUUUGGCAUCCGUGGGAUGGAUGCGUGGA